AUGUAUCGUCUGGUUAAGAAGCUGCAGAUCAUGAGGAAACCUUUAAGAGACUUGAAUACACUUCAUUUCUCUCACAUUUCUUGCAAAGCAAAGAAAGCAAAUGAGGAGCUCAUUGAACUUCAACAGAAUCUGCAUAAUUCCCCUGAAGACAUGGAAUUACAGAUUCAGGUUGCUUCAAAAAAGAAUAUGGCCAUUAAGCUUGCUGAAGCUAAUAGGAGCUUCCUAACUCAACAGGCUAAGACCAAAUACCAGAUGAAUAGUGACAGAAAUACUGCCUUUUUUCACUCUUUGAUGAAGAGACACACAAGGGGGAACCACAUAGUAUCAGUCAUCAAAAGUAAUGGGGAAAGUACAACAUCUCAAGUGCAGGUAGCUGAGGAAUUUCUGUCCUUUUAUAAGAGUCUCCCGGGGUCUGAUGUGGAACGUUCUUCAAUAGAUCCUCAAAUAAUUGCAGAAGGCCUUGUUCUUAAUGAUGAGCAAGCUCAACAAAUGAUUGCCCCUAUUGCUGAUGAAGAAAUUAAACAAGCUAUGUUCAGCAUUGGAGAUGAAAAAUCAUCGGGUCAUGUUGGCUAUACUUCAUGCUUUUUCAAGAAAUCUUGGGGCAUAGUUGGAGAUGAGGUCAUACUUGCAGUUAAAGAAUUCUUCGGGCAUGGGAAGUUACUCAAACAACUUAAUCAUACUACUAUAGCCCUGAUUCCCAAAUCUACUCAUGCAUCUUUAGUUCAGAACUACAGACCGAUAUCCUGGUAUAAUGUGUUCAAAGUUAUAUCCAAAAUCCUAGCUGGCAUGAUUAAUCCAUGUCUUGAUCAGAUUGUUAACCUUACUCAAUCUGCCUUUGUAAAACAAGGAUGCAUGGUAGAUAAUAUCUAUCUCGUCCAGGAGUUGGUUAAGAAGUAUGCCAUAAAGAGGAUCUCAUGUUAA